AUGGCCAGAACUGGUCACUCCUACUACCAACCUUCAGUCUACUGCAUGGGUAUCCAUGAGGCAGAUCUCCUGGAGCUCCAGGCACAGGAUCAGAGAGCCGUCAUUCUUGGCUGGGAAUCCAAUGAGAAGACCACUGAAGCACCGAGAAACCCAUGUCUGAGGCCCAUCUAUGAGACCCAGUAUGACUUCCGCAACUUGGAGGACAAGGCUGAGUGCUUCACCAGGUGUGGGCAGCUGGGGAGCGAACCCUGCAGCGUGGGAAACUUGCAGAGAUACUGGCUGAACUACGAGGUCCAUCUGGUGGAGAAGAGUUGGGCUGAGAGAGUGAACAUGACUUUCGUGAAGGCUUUGGUCCAGAACUUCAGCACCGCUACCCCAGAAGACCUAUUCUUCUCUCUGAAGCCCUCUCAGAUUCCGAGGCAGGUGAUAAAGGGCGAGGAUAAGCCUCCUGACCGAGUCCGGCUUCCCAAGAGCCUUUUUGGAUCCCUGCCAGGCAACAGGACCCUUGUCCGGCUGGCCAUCACUAUUCUGAACAUCGGUCCUGGCAGUCUCUUCAAGGGUCCCCGGCUCAGCCUGGAGGAUGGUGGCAGUGUGUUGAACAACCGCCUGGUGGGCUUGAGUGUGGGCCAGACACUUGUCACCGGUCUGGCUGAGCCUUUGGAGAUCACCUUCUCCCACCAGCGUCAGCCCCCUAACAUGACUGUCACCUGUGUCUUCUGGGAUGUGACUAAAGCCGUGCUGGCUCUCACACGCAUCUCCCAGGCAGGCUGUGGAGUCUCCAUGAUCUUCCUGGCCUUCACCAUUGCUCUCUAUGUCGUCCUGAGGCUUUCCAGACAGAGGUUCAAGUCAGAAGAUGCCCCUAAGAUCCAUGUGGCUCUGAGUGUUAGCCUGUUCCUCCUGAAUCUAGCCUUCUUGGUCAAUGUGGGGAGUGGCUCAAAGGGGUCUGAUGUCGCCUGCUGGGUCCGAGGUGCCAUCCUCCACUACUUCCUGCUGUGUGUAUUCACCUGGAUGGGCCUGGAAGCUUUCCACCUCUACCUGCUUGUCAUCAGAGUCUUCAACACCUACUAUGGGCACUACUUCCUGAAGCUGAGCCUGGUGGGCUGGGGUCUGCCCACCCUGAUGGUCAUUGGCACCGGCAGUGCCAACAGCUAUGGCCUCUACACCAUCCAUGACCAAGAGAACCGCACCUCGCUGGAGCUGUGCUGGUUCCGUUCAGGAACGGCUGUCCACGCCCUCUAUGCCACUGUCCAUGGCUACUUCAUCGUCACUUUCCUCUUCAGUGCCGUGGUCCUGGCCCUGGUGGCCUGGAAGAUCUUCACCCUGUCAAGUGCCACAGCAGGCAAGGAGAAGGGGCAGCACCGGAAGGGGCUGCUCACGGUGCUGGGCCUCUCCAGCCUGGUGGGUGUGACAUGGGGAUUGGCGGUCCUCACACCCCUGGGCCUGUCCACCACCUACAUCUUCACAUUUUUCAACUCCCUACAAGGGGUCUUCAUCUUCUGCUGGUUCACCAUCCUCUACUUACCAAGUCAGAGUGCAACGUCUUCCUCUUCUGGCACUGCCCGGCUGGACCAGGCCCACUCCACGUCUCAUGAAUAAGAGGCCUCAGCCCUCCACACCGGACUCAGCUCUGAUGCUCUGUGUGACUUUGGGUGGCUUCCGGCUUCCUGCCUCCUUCAGGCCCUUGGUUUCCUUCUCUGUACAAUGUGACUGGGGAGGGAAGAGAUGGUGACCUGAUUGGAUCAUGUGGCCUCAGAGGUCUGAUCCAGAUCUGUCGUGAAUCCAAGCAUCCACACACACAGGUUUGUAGGAGUCUGAAAUUCCUAUGGUUCAGAGACCACCCACCAGCAAAGACUGACAUCGUCACCCCCACAUUCUGCCCUCACAGCAAAACCUCCCAUUUCUGCCCUCCCCCACCUUAUGGUCUUAGUAAGGGCCUGAGCCCAAAGAGGGUUGUCACUGUUGGUGCAGCCCUGUGAGGGAUCCCCUGGCCUCUCUCCUUCUCCCCCUUGUCAUUGCCCUCCCACAAUUGCGCCCUUGGGCUGCCUAUAUCCUUCAAGGCAUUCAGGAGGCCAUCGUCCCUUCAGGCAUUAGGGAGCAGCCUGCCCCUGGUUUCUGCCCAUCCCAUCAGAGCCCAUCCUCACAGAAGAGACCCAUCAUCCAUGGUGCUGCCAGCCCUACAGGUGUUUUGGGACACUGAAUUUCAGCGAACACACCAUGUCUGCCCUACAUGGACCAAGGCCCUCCUACCUACUCUGACUGCCAUGUGGGUGGCCCAACCUCUGAUCUGCCGUCAUCAUGGAAGGAGAACAGAAAGGGUCCUGGACUCUGCACAUCUGGGGAUGUGGGGCUGAGGGACCAGGGCAGGGGUAAGGGCCCUUGGAGCAGAGGCAGGGCAUUUCCACUGCGGUUUGAGCUCCCGGUGGGAGGGCAGAGACCUGGAGGACCUCAUCCAUUCCAGCAGAGGCCGGCACAUAGCGAGCCCUGAA